AUGGAGGCUGCAACUACUAAUAGAAUGGGUUCAUCUAUUUUACCACCCAUGUCAUUUUCUCCUGAGAUACAAGGUUUUAUUGUAACUAAAUUUGACCCCUUAUUAUCUAUAGUUAAAGAAUUGAAUGAUAGAAUCCAAACUUCUGAUAAAGAGAGAUUAAGACUAGAAUACAGAAUCUCCAGAAUUGAGAGAAAUUUAGAAAAUUUAAUUAGAAUAGUCACAGAUCUAGGUUAUAAAAUACCUGAAGAUUCCCAAUGUGAAGAUUCACUUCCUGAAAUGAAAAGUGAGCUUAAUCUAUUACUUUCAGGAGAAGAGAACAUGACUGCUCCUUGGCUGUUUUCAGUCCAAUCAGGAACUCCAGUUUCGUCACUACAAAUUUUACUCGAAUUCUCUCCAUCAAACACGGAAGUUUUGUUGUCUGAUACAUGGAGAAGAGAAGAAGAUAUGUGGAUCGGAUUCUUAGAUGAUUUACCAGAUGAGUUCUCUACAAGACGGCCCGAAAGUCUCUCACUUAUUGACUUAAGGAGAGCUGCCAAGAAAGCUUUGUUAGAAGUUGUCAGAGGGGAACUCCUUUUAGUUGUUCGUGGUGUACCCGGUAAGCAAGAAGCUCCACAUAAUCCAUUAUCAGUUACUCUUGUUGCAAUUCUAGCAUCAGCACUUUCAGAAGCUUGGGAGAGAGUUGAGGCUAUAGACCCAAAUUCUCUUGGUAGAUUGGCUUUAGUUCUAGAAGGUGAUGAAAUUGGAAGUAGAUUAAGAGCUGGCAAGAGAAAAUUUACAAUUGAAGCUCUUAAUUGA